CAGUAUGAAGCAGCUUUCACGGAGCUUCUGAUAACUAAUCUCAAGCAUGGCUGUCUAGCGUGCCUGUCACUCCUAUUGUCCUCCCAAACUCUUUCAGACAUUUUGAGCGGAGAGUAUUAAAGCUAUGAGUUAGCAAGGGUUGUGACAUUAAUGGUCCAGAAAGGCUUUAGGCACGCGAGGCAAUGAUGAUUACCGGUGGCUAUUUGGAGGACUGCACCGGAUCGCUGUCAUUAAAAAUUAAGCGUGGCUUUUGAGGAAGAUGUGACAACUACCAGAGAGCCAAUCUGCAUCACUUAAGUUCAAACUAUUAUAUUAGCCAUCCUUUUCACUAGACUAGAGAACUUCUUUUUAAUUGUCCAUAUCAUGGCCACCAUGCAUCAAAGGUCUUUCCGCCAUUCCUCCAGGACUUCCACCAUAAGGAAAGGAGCCCCUGGACCAACAUCCUCUAAGAUGUUUAUAUGGACCAGUGGCCGGACCUCUUCAUCUUACAGACAUGAUGAGAAAAGAAAUAUUUACCAAAAAAUCAGGGACCACGACCUCCUGGACAAAAGGAAAACUGUCACAGCACUGAAAGCAGGAGAGGACCGGGCCAUUCUCCUGGGACUGGCCAUGAUGGUCUGCUCCAUCAUGAUGUACUUUCUGCUGGGAAUCACGCUCCUGCGCUCGUACAUGCAGAGCGUGUGGACCGAGGAGUCUCAGUGCACCUUGGUGAAUGCGUCCAUCACAGAAACCUUUAACUGCUCCUUCAGCUGUGGUCCGGACUGCUGGAAACUCUCUCAGUACCCCUGCCUCCAGGUGUACGUGAACCUGACUUCUUCCGGGGAAAAGCUCCUUCUCUACCACACCGAAGAGACCAUGAAAAUCAAUCAGAAGUGCUCCUAUAUACCUAAGUGUGGAAAAAAUUUUGAAGAAUCCAUGUCCCUGGUGAGUGUGGUCAUGGAAAACUUCAGGAAGUAUCAACACUUCUCCUGCUAUUCUGACCCAGAAGGAAAACAGAAGAGUGUCAUCCUAACCAAACUCUACAGUUCCAACGUGCUGUUCCAUUCACUGUUCUGGCCAACAUGUAUGAUGGCUGGGGGCGUGGUAAUCGUUGCCAUGGUGAAACUCACACAGUACCUCUCCCUGCUCUGUGAGAGGAUCCAACGGAUCAAUAGAUAAAAGCAAAAUGGAUGAGAUCAUUUUCUUUAAAGCUCAAAUACUGUUUCCUUUCAUUCUUCACCAAAGAACCUUAAGUUUGUAACGUGCAGUCUGUUAUGAGUUCCUUAAUAUAUUCUUAUACGUAGAGCAAUAAUGCAAAAGCUGUUCUAUAUGCAAACAUGAUGUCUUUAUUAUUCAGGAGAAGAAAUAACUGUGUUGUGUUGAUUAGUUGUUUUCAUAAUCUUGUUUUGAUGCUGGAACUAGUACUUCCUUCUCUCGUUCCGCCAAAAUAGGGCUCAGCUAUUCAUUUGCCAAGCUUUGUGGAGGAAUGUAGACGAUAUCAACGUGAUAAAGUCUGUGUUCUCAAUUGUCAGAUCUCUUGAAGACAUUUCUGCAAUAUUUUUCAUCAUUCAUUGUUUACUAAAGCUGCAGCCAAAAAUAUUCUUUCUUUUCUUACUCAAAACUGAGCCCAGUAGCAAGUGAAGGGACCAGAUUUCCUAAAUAAAGGAUGUUAAGCAUUUUCCUUAUAUUUCUACCAUAUCACUGUAAAGAAGGGGGGAAAUCCAGACAGUUAUUUCUCUUUUAUUAUUUUCUAUUCAUAACUUUAGAUUUUUUAACUGAUUUCCAAAAAUAAGCUGUUUUCAUUAAGCAAUUCUAUAAUCUCUUCCUGUGAUUUAAAUAGAAAAUGAACAGAGCUCUUUUCCAUUUAAGACCCUGCUACUGUGUGAAGAGAUAACACUUAACAAAGAGUUUCAUUACCUGUGAAUGGACUGAACAUUGAGUAAAUGUACUAUUGCCACCCAGGAAAGUCUAUGUCACUAAGAUAUUUAUGUGAAAAUCUUUAUUCUAUUUCAAUUGAACUAUUAGAUGGUAAAAUUAAGAUCCUAUUUGCUGGGCAAGGCUGGUGGACUGAUUUCAAUGGGUAAAUCUAUUGUGGCAAAUUAACAUAUUGGAAUGUUACUCUUUGGGAAUUUAUGUUUAAAUUAAUGAGUGUGUAGUCUCUCUUUCUGACAAGUGUUCUCCCCGUUGGGAUUUUAAAACUGUGUGCACAGAAUAUUUGUCUCUUCUACAUGUUUUAUUUUUCUAUUUACGAUUCUCUUUUUUGUUGCUAGAUUUUAUACACAGAGUAGACCUUUCCUAACAUGCACUUAAAAUGAAUAACAGAUCUAAAGGAAGACUUUGUUCACAUUGCCCUUUACUUAUUGUGCAGGGGGGAUGGAUGUAGAAUGAAGGAUUGGUUUUAAAUAAAAACAUUCCAUCUUUUAUUUAACAUCAAUAUCAAAAGAAGAAAAACAUUUAUCUUUCUCAUCUAUAUUUAAGUACACUUUUAUAACAUAGUAUCAAAGUUUUGUACACACUGGGAAAUUUUACAAAACAUGUUUGUGGAAUGCAUGGUGAAACCAAUCUGAUGCAGUGGAAAGUUUCCUGCAAUACUGUAAUUCAUAGUUUGACUUUCCAUAAGCACAUAAAUCCUUAGGGUGCAAUUGGGGCUUCAAAUGUGUAAUUAAAAUUUUAAAAAAACAAAAUCCAUUAUAUCAGCAAGAUUUGAAUACCUCUUACAUUCUAAGCUGACAAGCCCAUGGUAGUCCCAAAAUCUAUGAUUCACUAUAUAUAAAGGUAUUUAAAGAGAUUAUAAAGAAAGUUCCUUUAACACCCAAACACACACAACUUUCAAACGAUAUUAGGAAUAUUGCUUGAAAAUAUGAUGGAAAACUCGAUUCCUACCCUAAUUGAAAAACAUAAUUCUGAAGAUGAUAGAAAAAUCUUUGUGACUACAGAGCUGAAAAUUUGUAAUCUUUAAUGUUCCUUGAGCUUCCCUUCAAGUAACCUGAAGAUGAGUUAUUUUUUAUUCGUACUUGUAAUUAAAAAUUCCCAACUGAUGUUUCAGAUAAGAUUUAAGAAAUCUCAAAAUAAUGACACGAAAAAAAUGUUAACUACUGCCUUUCUGAAUUCCAUAAAAGCAACAGCCCCUUUAAGUAAUUUAAAUGUACACACAAUUAAAAUGCUCAUUAUUAAAGGAGAAUAAACUGGGAUUAAUAAUAAUGUUUUAAAUACAUUGCACGUUAACUAAUUUAAUCUUUAUUGUAACCCUAUUGGAGGGAGCACUAUUAUUUUCCCAUUCUAUAGAAACGAAUGUUGAAGCCUAGAGAUGUUUAGUAACUUCACCAAGGUUACACAGAAACUGAGAUUCAGCAGAGAGCUGAGACAAUAUACAGCUUGUAGCUGCUCCGUUAUAGUAACCAUGUCUGUGGAUUUGGGGUGUUUUAGAUAAAUCCAAGGAAUGCUAAGGUUUAGAAAGGAUUAUAGGGGUGAAGGGUAAAGAAGAAAGACCACUGAACUAGAAGUCAAAGAUGUCAUUCAAGACAUGGUGACUAGGCGAUGACUUCAAGCUUCUCAAUUAGUCUCUUGACUUCUUUGAUUAUAAGAUUAGAAUGUGAGUCCAGUUGACCACUGAGUUCCCUUUUAACAUUAGCAUUUCAUCCUAGGUGUGUGGAGGAAGACUGAAUACCAUUCCCCAACCUGCAUAGCACAUAUCUGAUCCUCAAAUAGAACGUACUAGUGUCAGUCCCUGGAUUAAAAGCAGCCUCCCUGCUAAUAUUCCCCAUAAGCCACAUGCCCCUUUUCUAGGGCCCAAAGCUUUAUUUACACCUGCCAGAAGCAGAGCUCUGAGCCUUCACAUUACUCAACAAAGACGA